AUGAGUGAAUCUGAUUUGCCUGCUCCUGAGGAAACAGAAGAACGUGAAGUUGACUCAGAAACGGCAAAAAAUAGCAACAAAAAUGAAAGAAUAGAAGAAACUAAAGAAACUCCGGAGGAUGCUGAAGAAAUAGACCAUGUAUGUGUAUGUGCUACGGAAGACGAGAAUUGCAUACCACUCGAGCUGCCUCUUGCGUCUGACGGUACUUUACCCUGCUCCACAUUAUCGCAUUCGUUCCCGAAAGCAGUCGGACUGAAAUAUAAGAAUCCUGCCACUGGUUUAUUUCGUAGUUUACCAGUUGACGAAGAAAAAAGAUGCGUGUCAGCACCUAAAGGAGGAUGGAAGGUUCAUCGCUAUGUAGCAAUUAUCGAUGACUCGUUACCACCAAGUGAUAGACUGGAAGGACAGUCUGGACAGACUGAUCGAUUAAACAUGCCCGUUGAUCUAUUCGUCCGCAAUCUGUCAUUCAAAACUACUGAGGAACAGCUCAAAAAAUUUUUCGAACAAUAUGGUGAAGUGCAGUAUGCUGAGGUGAAGAAAGAUUACAGAACAGGUUUACCGAGAGGUUACGGUUUUAUAAAGAUGAAAACUUUGGAGGACCAAGAUAAGGUGCUAAGAGAAGGUGAUUUCUACAUUGAUGGUCGCAUGGCUCAGGUUAAAUAUCCAGAGCACAGUCAAGAUGGUAGUGAUCAGGAUGAUCGAAUUACGACAAAAAUAUAUGUCGGUAGAGUAUAUGCUGAAAUUACUGAAAAUGAUCUUCACCAGUUAUUUGACGAAGAGGCAAAAAAAAUAUCACCACUCGCUAAGGUUGAGCGAGUAUUUCUUCCCAAGCCGUGUCGUGGCUUUGCGUAUGUUUCGCUUAAUGAUCCAAAAGUAGUGAAACGACUUUGUCAAAUUCGUGACUUUGUUUGUGCUGGAAAAAGUAUAUAUGUCAGUAUACCUCGUCCUAAGAAACAAGAAUCUGAACCGGUUCGAUACUCUGCAGUAAGAGAAUAUCGUUCGCACCCAUAUCGAUCUUCUUAUGGUCGAUGGGAUGAUGAACCUAUGGCCCGUAAAGGUUACUAUAAUGAUGAUCCUUAUGCUGGUCGAACACGAAGUUUGUUUGAUGAUUUUCCAUCUUCUGGUGGAUAUGGAAGCCGCUCUGCGGAUCUUUAUGGUGGAGGAGGUUACACAGGGAGCAGUAAUUACGGAUCCAGUAGUUCAUCGAGAAGUUGGCGAUAA